AUGCAGGACUUCUACAAGAGAGCAACUCUUGAGUAUGAUGGAGUUUUUAGUUACUAUGUGUACCCUAAAAGUACCCGCUCAACUGUGGGAAGGUGGUCCAUGGCUUGGUCUACUUUGUCCUAUGUGCCUUCAAAUAUCUGCACCUCACUCGUGGAAUAUACAGGCGGCGAUGCAUGUGGAUUCAACAGCUUAUGUAGACAUGAUGAUGAAGGAACAAGUUGCCAGUGUCCAUAUGGUUACAGCUAUUCUGAUCCAAAUGAUGUGUUGAAAGGAUGCAAACAGGACUUUGUCUCACAAAGUUGUGAUGAAGCCUCACUAGAAACAGAUUCUUUUUAUUUUCAAGAGAUGCAGAACACAGAUUGGCCUUAUUCUGCGUAUGAUGAGGAUUGGUGCAGGCAGAGUUGCCUGAGUGAUUGUUUCUGCGCCGUUGCCAUUUUCAGGAAAAAUGAGUGCUGGAAGAAGAUAUUUCCACUUUCAAACGGGGUGAUUGAUCCCAGUGUUGGUGGAAAAGCUCUGAUCAAAAUGAGGAAAGACAAUUCUACUUUAACACCUGGGGGCACAGAUCCAGAAAAGAAAAAUACUUCAACUUUGAUCCUCAUUGGAGCGCUCUUGAGUAGCUUGGUGUUUACGAACUGUCAUAAUUAG